GGCAGCAUCAGCAGCAGCAGUAGUAGCUGUGUGCUGCGUGCGGGUGGGUGCGGACGCACGCACUGGCCUCCACCCAUCCCCCUCACCGCCUCUGCAGCAAAAGGCACAGUGACAAGAUUUCAGGCCCGAUUUAUAGCCUAGCCACGCCCACGCCCAUGGCCAGGAAGUGCUCCCACUGUGGCAACUACGGCCACAACUCCAGGACCUGCAGCGCCGGAGCAGCGGGACAGAGAGGAGACGCCAUGCUCUGCGACGGCGGCGUCGUCGGCGGCGGCGGUGGUGUUGGUGGUGGUGGAGGCAGCGGGCUGAGGCUGUUUGGAGUGCAGGUCCAUGUCGCUGCAGGCGGCGGCGGCGGCGACGGUGGCGGAGGUGGAGGUGGAGGCUCGCUGUCGAUGAAGAAGAGCUAUAGCGUGGACUGCCUGCAGCUGGCGGCGGCUCAGGGCUCGCUCGUCUCGCCGUCGUCGUCGUCCUCGUCGUCGAUGCUUCUGUCGAUCGACGAGGGCUUGGAGAGGGCGUCCAAUGGGUACCUCUCCGAUGGCCCCCAUGGCCGAAUUGUCCAGGAGAGGAAGAAAGGAGUUCCAUGGAGCGAGGAGGAGCACCGGCUGUUCCUCGUCGGCCUCGACAAGCUCGGCAAGGGCGACUGGCGAGGCAUCUCCCGGAGCUACGUCACGACGAGGACUCCGACCCAGGUCGCCAGCCACGCCCAGAAGUUCUUCCUCAGGCAGAGCAGCAUCGGCAAGAAGAAGCGCCGGUCCAGCCUCUUUGACAUGGUGCCGAUUUGCGAGAACGGCGCACGCGUCUCCGAGCAGCUGAGCAGCGAGGGCGCGUCGUCGGCUUCUCUGUCGCUGAUGAACGCGCCGCGGCACGAGCUGUCCGACCGCGCGGCGGCCAUAGAUCUGAAUUCCACCGAGGAAGACGACACGGUGGUCGUCUCCUCUGCUUCCGGCGCGUCAUCGGCAAGGCCAUUAUUCCCGGUGGUUCUGAUGGAGCCGCAGCAGCAGCAGCAGGCUUCUCAUCAUGGACAUGGCCACCACCAUCACUGCACGCCGCUCGACCUGGAGCUGGGCAUGUCUCUUUCGUCGACGCCGUCCAUCGGCACAUGACCGUGCUGGUCGUCGUCGUCGUUAGGAUGCUCCGGUUUCAUCAGCGCGAGUCUGCAGAGAUAUAUGUGCUUAUGGCAGUUGUCUGCCAAGAAAUGGAGAUAAAAAGGGCUACUGGCCAUGUUUGUAAAGUUGUGCAAGUAGUACUAACUGUGGAUACAGUAAUGUCCGUACUACUUUAUUUAGGUUGUGUAAUCGGAGACACCGAUUCUCUGCUCCUCUUGUCCGCCUUAUAUUCAUUGGACCUGCUUAUGAUGAGUUCUUGGAAGAUCGCAAAUCUGCAUUUUCCUUUCCCCUUUCUGUUAGAUGUGGAAUUGGACAAUUUGACACUAUUAAUCAAGUGAGAUUAUAAUAUUAUCGUCUUAAGCUUAAUA